CGCCGCGUCUCAAGGUUGGACUCACAAUAUGUCCUGCAAGUGGGACUUCCAACAAGGUUCGAAACUUUCCCGACCCGGCCGGGGAUGUUGCCUUUUUAUCCCUAUAUCAUCAUUCUCUAGCUCAAGGUCGUCCAUUAAUGGUGACCCAAACAUCGAAGGUCUCCCGCUCUACUCCGACCUCACAAUCACUCCACCAGCCGAUCUUACUGCCCCGAAUGAGAAAGCAACCCCAGAUGAAGUUCGCAGCUUUCUUAUGCAGCUACUCGUACAGAAUCGAGGAUUGCACCACGACCAUGCAAGACGAAUCGCCUCAAAAUGGACCCUGGGGACUGGGCGCGAAUUGAUGAGCUAUACGCCUGCGCUCUAUGCUGAAAUAUUCGGUCUCGAAGAUGCAUGGAUGGUUUACAAGGAAGCGAAGUUAUUCAUUCUUACACAAAAGAAAAAAGGCAAGUUGAAAGGAAUAUGGAUUGCAAUCGGUACUCUAUCGGUAUUAACUUGCGUAGCAGUGACACUUUGCAUUGUUAGUCCUCUAGAAGAGAUAAAAGUCGUUUUUGUUAUUGCGAGCUUCUUCUUAGGCCUUUUCUAGCUAGGAUGUCUCGUAAGUGCUAUUUUCGAUACAAACGAGGAAACAAAGAUCGAGAAUGAAUUACCUAUAGGUCUUAAGAAAGUUUAGCACUUUAC